AUGAAUACCGACCACCUAGAGCACGACAACGUGCCAGGCACAAUCUACCUUGUAGAUGUAGACGGUGAAACUCCCACCUUCCGCCACGAUGCUUCCCACAAAGAUGUCGUACUUGUUCCACGGCCAAGUUCAGACCCAGAGGACCCCUUGAACUGGAGCCACAGUCGCAAGAUACGGGCCGUCACAAUGUCCUACAUUUACGUCCUUGGUACUGGCAUUGCCACGUCCCUCCAGUACUCUGUGUUAUCCGACAUCACGCGAGAUACUGGCAUCUCGACGGCAAACCUUGUUCAAGGCACCGGCCUCAUGUUCCUGUUCUUCGGAUGGGCAUGUUUGAUUUGGCAACCUCUAGCGCUGACGUAUGGUCGUCGAGGCGUAUACCUUACUUCCAUGCUCCUCACAGUUCCGAUGAUGGUUUGGACAGCCUAUUCUUCUACCGCCAGUGAAUGGUUCGCACACCGCAUCUUGAUUGGGGUUAUUUGCUCCCCAAUUGAGUCUCUGCCUGAGGUCACAGUCUUUGACGUGUUCUUUGCACACAACCGUGGUACCUACAUGGGACUCUACGUUUUCGUUCUGUUCGGCUCGAAUUUCUUGGCUCCGCUGGUUGCUGGUUGGUUCAACGAUGCAUACGGUUGGCGUUGGACCAUGCUUUUGGGUGCUAUCAUUCCAGCGGUUUGCUUCUUCAUCAUGCUCAUGUUUAUGGAGGAGACCAUGUAUUUCCGGGGCAGCACCAUUGAAGGCCAGGAUGGGGGAGCUAUCAACACCAGCACCAUGAAGCCUGCCGGACCCUCUUCCCAUGCCGAGAAGGCUGAACUUCCCCCAUCCGCGCCGUCGACAUCAGACUCUACUGAUAGAUCCGUCCUCCCUUCCUCCGGCACGACUUCACUCUGGAUGAAAUACCGAUGGUUCAGAUCUCUUCCGGGAAGACCAACAAAUAGCGACAUGAUGCGCAUGGUGUACAGACCAGUGGUCAUGAUUGUCAAGUUUCCAACAGUCCUCUGGGCAGGCUUCCUCUACGGCAUCAACCUAUCAUGGUAUAAUGUGCUCAAUGGCACUGCUAGUCCUAUUCUUAGUGCUGCACCAUACAACUGGUCAGCUGCCCUCAUUGGCUGCGUUUACACAGGACCUAUCAUUGGCGCUGCCCUCGCCUCAUUGUGGUCAGGUAACGUUGCCGAUUACAUCGCACUUCGCCUGGCCCGCCGAAACAAGGGCAUCCGCGAGCCCGAACAUCGUCUUUGGCCAUUGGCUUUCUCUGGUGUACUAUCGGCUGCUGGGUUGAUCACCUGGGGAGUAGGAGCUUACCAUGAUGCGCACUGGGUCGGCCUUGUCUUUGGCCUUGGGAUGUUGACUUUCGGCUGCGUCACAGGUGGCUCAAUGGCAGUGUCAUACAAUGUGGACUGCUUCAAGGAACUAGGCGGAGAGACGACUGUUUCGGUUAUGAUCAUCCGCAACACGAUUGGGUUUGGGUUCAGCUAUGCAAUCACGCCUUGGUAUACAACAGAGGGAUUGCAGAACUGCUUCAUUACUGCAGGGAUGGUGUCGAUUGCGUGUACGUUUACAUUCAUUCCCAUCAUCUUUUAUGGCAAGCGUCUACGGCGCUGGUCCAUUCCGGCGUAUCGGAAAUAUGUUGCUAGCUUGGUGGUUCACCAGGAGUAG